GCUUAUUUCAUCCAGUCCUAACACGGACUUUCGAUUUUGCAAGUCCUUUGGGUUGCUGUGUUCGGUAUGCCUCGAAUCACCACUGCUUUGUAUGCUCCACGCGAUAUCCCGUGCCCAGUUCCCAGCUGUAACUUCUUCGCCCGGAAACUGUCCGGUUUGACAGCACAUCAAAACGCAAAGCAUCAGCGAUUCCACCUCAAUCGACAACAACGACCACGAUCUCCUUCCCCCGCUGGAAGUCGAGCAUCUGCAGCAUCAGGUGGAGGAGAUGUGCUGGAGAGCGAGUUGGAGGAUGUUCCGUUACGGCCCAGACAACAUGUAGUGUAUCACCCCGACCUCAAUGGUCUGCCUUGCAACCGUCAUGGAGUCUUUCUCCCCACUGGCGCCUCGCCUCCAUCACCCGACCAUCGACCCGCAGGCGACUACACCCCAUACCACGAUGACAUCGAUUUCCGCAUAAGCGACUUUCUGUAUCGCAAAGUCCAGAUGUCGGGGGGGCAGAUUGACGAGCUGAUGGAUCUCUGGGCUGCGCGGGAAGGAGGGAAUCCGCCAUUCGCCAAUCACGAUGACCUCUACAGUACCAUUGACGCAAUCGAGGCUGGGCAUAUCCCCUGGCAGUCUUUCGAGGUCACCUACAUUGGGGAUGUGGAUCCAGACGAGACGACUCCAUGGAAGACACAAGCGCACACUGUCUACUUCCGCGACCCCCGACUUUUGCUCCAUGCGCAGCUUGGGAAUCCUGACUUCCAAGCUGAGAUGGAUUACGCGCCGAAGCAGGUGUACAGGGAGGAUGGUAAACGCGAAUACAAGGACUUUAUGUCUGGAAAUUGGUCAUGGCGGCAAGCGGAGACUUUGGCCUCGACAGACCCGCAGACACAUGGCGCCACAUUUGUGCCUGUCAUCCUGGGUAGUGACAAGACUACAGUCUCGGUUGCCACCGGCCAGAACGAGUACUACCCCUUGUACAUUUCUAACGGUCUCAUACACAACAACGUCCGGCGAGCACAUCGUAAUGGAGUGAUGCUUGUGGGCUUCCUGGCCAUCCCAAAGACGGACCGCGAACACGAAUCGUCUCCGGAAUUUCGGACGUUCCGUCGUCAACUCUUCCACUCUUCUCUCGAGAAUAUCCUCAAUUCACUCAAACCUGCUAUGACAACCCCAGAGGUCGUACGCUUCGGAGACGGUCACUUUCGGAAGGUCAUCUAUGGGCUUGGGCCAUACAUUGCUGACUACCCGGAGCAGGUUCUCCUUGCCUGCGUUGUCCAGGGAUGGUGCGCAAUAUGUAGCGCGUUGAGCAAGGAUCUUGAUGGUCCCGGCGGUCGUCGUGCACAGCGGCUAACUGAGCAUCUCUUUGCCACGUUCGAGCACAAGAAGAUGUGGGAUGAUUACGGUGUCAUCCCAGAUGUAUUGCCGUUUACUUGGGACUUUCCCCAUGCCGAUAUACACGAGCUGCUGUCACCCGACAUCCUGCAUCAACUUGUCAAGGGGACAUUCAAAGACCAUCUGGUUGCCUGGGUCGAGGCGUAUCUCAUCAAGCAACAUGGAACAACAAGAACCAAGGAGAUUAUGGCUGAUAUAGACCGUCGCAUUGCUGCUGCGCCUGCCUUCCCUGGACUACGUCGCUUCCCUGAAGGGCGUGGUUUCAAACAAUGGACUGGGGACGAUUCAAAGGCACUGAUGAAGGUCUACCUUCCAGCCAUCGAGGGCCAUGUCCCAGACCAGAUGGUUCGAGCCUUCAGUGCCUUUCUCGACUUUUGCUACCUAGUCCGUCGGAGUGUUAUCACCGAGGACACACUUGCAGAGAUUGACGCGGCCCUUGCUCGCUACCAUCACGAGCGCUCCAUCUUCAAAACUGUUGCAACCACUAACUUCUCCCUCCCUCGCCAACAUUCACUCACUCACUACCGCCGACUCAUCCAAGAGUUUGGCGCUCCAAAUGGACUGUGCUCCUCGAUCACGGAAUCUAAGCAUAUCAAGGCCGUGAAGGAGCCGUGGCGACGUUCCAGCCGCUAUCAGGCACUCGGACAAAUGCUCACCAUCAACGACCGCCUUGACCGACUCGCCGCAGCUCGGGUAGACUUCACUGCACGCGGAAUGCUUUUGGGCCCAUCUGCACCCAAACGGCAUGCUUCCCGCCCUAUUCUCACUACACUUCCGACCGCCAACGACGAUGAGGACGUGGGACCUGUUGAUGAUGAUGGGAUCCUGGGCGAGGUGAAGCUGGCCCACGUACCUGCCCGUGGAUACCCCCGCGACCCUCGUCUUCUUGCGCAACACCUCCGCUUCCCCGAUCUCCCCGAUCUCAUCCGCCGCUUCCUGUUUGCGCAGGAGAAUCCGGAUGACAAACGCGACCUACAAGAUGUGCACCUUCCAGAGUGCCCUCCGCUGCCUAGCAGUGUGAAAGUCUACCCAUCUGCCGUCGCGACAUUCCUUGCACCCAGUGACCAAUCUGGAAUUGGAGGAUUGAUGCGCGAACGUAUCCGUUCCACACGCUCUUGGCGCGGCGGGCCUGCACGCCACGACUGCGUGUUUGUGGAGGGGGAAGCUGGUGAGCCUGGCUUCCGUGGCCUCAUGGCUGCACGGGUCAUGUUGUUCAUGUCUAUUAAGCAUGAUGGCAUGAACUUUGACUGUGCACUCGUUACAUGGUUCUCCACAAUCGGUGAUGAUCCCUGCCCUAAUGUGGGCAUGUGGAUGGUAGAGCCUGACGUUGAUGCUUGGGGUCGACGUAUCCGGGACAUUGUGCACAUUGAUACCAUUCUUCGUUCUGCACACCUUUUACCAAUCUUUGGCAAUGAGUUUCUCCCGCAUCGUAUUAAGCACACGGACUCUCUAGAUAAUUUCAAAGCCUUUUACAUUAACAAAUAUGCGGACCAUCACUCACAUGAGAUAGCGUUCUAAUCUGCAGUACUGAAAAGUAGCUUGAAAUGUUUGUGUUAUCUAUUGUUACCUGGGCUCAGGACUUUGAAUCUUUUCCCCAAACGAUGUAACCGGAAAAUAUUGAAUGGCACUGAGCGAAGGCCCCUCGACUGCUCGUAGAAAUCUUUGCACUCAACAAGGAUUGAACCAAAAAGAGAUGCGUACCUUAUGGGCUGACCGAGAAGAAUAAAU